AUGUCUUCUUCAACGACAACAUCGUCUCAAUCACCACAUCAUUCAUCAUCUGCUAAACACGCCGAUCUUCAUCUUUUGACACCACUUUCCUCUUUGUCAAGAAUUUCCAGUCCAUCGACUCCUCUUCCUCAAUCAACUGAUCCGUCAGGUCCACUUACUCCCGAUUCUGGUCAUUUCAUCAAUCCAUUCGCUGCGCUUGCAACAGCCAAUCUUCCUACAUUACCUUCUGUACGUGUUAUCGGUGAAUAUGAAUUCAGUGAAACGAAAUUCGAUGAUUUCAAAUGCGCUCGACAUAUUCCAACAGGCGAAGCCUUACUCUAUAAAGAAUUUUCUUUGGAAAUUGUUCGUCAACGUUUAGAACCGUAUCAACGUUUGAUUUCUAUUCUUCAAUUAUCCAAUACAAAUUCACAACUCACAGUCGAACAAUUGGCGUAUAAGUAUCACAUUCAUUUCUUUCGUGACAUUAUAUCACUUGAUCGUACAGCGAUUGUCCUCUAUCCAAAUUACACAAACAAUCUUCAUCAGUACAUCACCGAAAAACAUCGUCUACAUGAAAAUGAGACAAGAAAUUUGUUUUCACAAGUCGUUCGUGCAGUGCAACUUUGUCAUCGUGUUGGACUAAUUGUACGUGAUUUAAAAUUACGUAAAAUUAUCUUUCAAGAUCAAACACAUACACAUUCAUUACUAACGGGAAUUGAUGAAGCAAUUAUGCUUGCAACUCCAACGACAACCGAUGACCAUGUUUCAUCACGUUUUUCUUGUCCAGUAUAUGCAUGUCCGGAAAUCGUUCUCAAUCGACAAACAUAUUCCGGCAAAAUGGCUGAUUCAUGGAGUUUAGGAAUUAUUCUAUAUACAAUGCUUUUCGGUCGAUAUCCGUUUUGUGAUCGCACUUUAGUGGGUUUGUUUAUUAAAAUCGGUCGAUGUCGACCUGAUAUACCUCGAACAAUAUCCUUAAAAGCACGAUCACUACUUCGAUCAUUGAUACGUGUGAAGCCGGAUGAACGUCUAUUAACACAAGACAUUCUGGGUCAUGUUUGGUUCGGUGGUGAGAGAAGUGCAUCAACAUUAUCAAUGAGUACGUCUGUAUCUAAUUCAAGUAUUAAUGAAGAUAUAGUUUUAUCAAAUAAUAAUCUUGGUUGUAUGAAUACCUCACCUACUAAUGAUAUGACAACAAAGGAAGAUGCUGUUGUACCUAAUUUUGAAUGUGAAUAG